UCGAGUUCCGCGGGCGUUGACAUGCCCACAUAAACAAAAAUAGUGAUGAAAAACGAGGAGAAUAGUGAGCCCAACUUUUACUCCUGUAGUUGUUUUACUACUGACAAUAUUUUUCUGAAGGAGUACAAACUACAUGUUUGGUUUGUGUCGGAGCAUCAGUUCAGAUUGGAUUAUCAAGAAGUGCUUAGAGGUCUUGGCUGUACAACAGAUCUACAGUUUGAUGAUGUCCUUCAAAAGAUUGCCCAAGAAGUGGAUAGACGUAGGUCUUUAGGUGUAAAGUCUGCUGAGAGAGCUGCUGUUAUAAGAGGCACCUACCAGCCCCUCCAUCCUCAUGUUUACCAUAUACGGGAAUCAUUUCUUGCAUCAGAGUUCAAACAAAUUGUCAAUUAUUGCCGAAGCAGUGAAGCUAGUGAGGAAGCACUACUUCGUUUGUUGCAGUCAGAAGCAGCUCCAAGGGUUUAUCGCUUUGCCGUGUUCACCAAAAAGUUCUGUGAUCAAUUGAUAGAGGAGUUUGAGCACUUUGAACAAUCUUCAGCCCCCAAAGGAAGACCCAACACAAUGAACAACUAUGGGGUCCUACUAAGUGAACUAGGGUUUGAUGAGGGCUUCAUCACACCCCUCCGGGAGCAGUACCUCUGUCCAGUCACCUCCCUGCUCUACCCAGACUGUGGGGGCCGAUGCCUGGACAGCCACAGAGCCUUUGUGGUGAAGUAUGACAUGCAUGAAGACCUGGACCUUAGCUAUCACUACGACAAUGCAGAGGUCACCCUGAAUGUGUCCCUGGGGAAAGACUUCUCUGAGGGCAACCUUUAUUUUGGUGAUAUGAGACAGGUGCCUUUAAGUGAGACAGAAUGUACGGAGGUGGAGCACAGGGUGACAGAGGGGCUCCUCCACAGGGGCCAGCAUAUGCAUGGAGCCCUGCCCAUUGCCUCUGGCCAGCGCUGGAACCUCAUCAUCUGGAUGAGAGCCUCGCAGGAACGCAACAAACUCUGCCCCAUGUGCGGCAAGAGGCCAGUUUUAUUGAAGGGGGAGGGAUUUGCAGAUGGUUUCACCAAUGAUUAGUGACACUUUUUUUUUCUUGCAGAAUGUCCCGUAGUGACACUUGGGAUUCAUAUAUGUGCAUUUUUGUGUCAACCCAGAAGAUAUGCUUGUUGAUCCAAAAUGGCCCACAAGGAAAAUGUGCUCCAGCUGCAUUUAAAACUUCUGGAAAAUUGAUACAGAGUAUCAACUAAAUUAUCUUAAUUUAUUUAUUUUUCUCACCUUACCAGAUGAUAUAUAUCUAUAUCCGUCUUUGUUGUCAAAGACAUUUCAAUCAAAAGCUAGCCUAAGCUAAACUUGGACUAAUUAAGACUGCCGUACUUAUAGUGUAAUGUCUUUGAUUAGCUUAUACCUGAAUUUUUGUUAAAUUGCCAUCUCUAAUUUGGUAUUUCCAUCACUUAAUUGUCAACAUCCUCGCAAAAUAUCGAACGUAAUCAGUGUUUUGUGUUAAGAAAAAUUAAAGUCAAUUUACAGUUAUUGAUAUAUCAAGAUCUUUUCUAUGAUCAAGUUAUACAGCUGUUGACAAAAUGUUUUCAGUGAAUAGAUCAGAGUUGAGAAUGAAUAACACUACCAUCAACACAAAAUAAUGUACAUGGUUUACAUAAUGUUUUUAAUCACAAACUAUAUCUGUCAAUACAAGAAUAUGCACUGUUAUGUAGUGCAUUUUUGUUUUUCCUCAUAAGGUCUUUCUCAAAUGAACAUACAUGUUACAAAUUGAAUAAUAAAUCAGUCCUUUUUUGGCAGCAUC